UUGGGGUUUUGAUUUAGGGUUUCUGAUAUUUGAAUUGUAAUUUUCUUUCUUUGCGUGCGCGACGCGAUGGGUGAAAGAAAAGGCUUAACCAAAUACUAUCCCCCACCCUAUGAUCCGGUGAUCAUUCGCCGGAUCCGAAAACCUAAGAAAGCUAUGAAAUCGAGACACCUGGCCGUGAGUGUAGUAGACUCUAUGCUUGAGGCUUUGAGUAUAAGAGACAAAGAAGAAGAAGAAGAAGAAGAAGAAGUUGCAAAAGAGGAAGAUGCAGCGUUGAUAAAAUCUAUCAGGUUUGGUAAACAGAGGAGGAUUGUAGAAGAAGACGAGGAAAGAAAGGCAAUAGAUGAGAAGAAACCUAAGAUUAAGAAACUUGCUUGCAUCAUUACCCUGAAGAAGAAUUUGGGACUCGCAUCACUAUGCCACAACCAUGGUGCUGAUGAGGAAGACCGAAUGAGGUAAUGUUGAAUACAAAUCCAGAAUCAUGUUAGAAAUCACAUUGUUGAGAUUAAUAUCAUUACUAUCUUAUCUUUGCAUAUCGCAAUAGGUUUCUGGAAUUUAUAAGAGUUUGUUUUUUAAAUUACAACAUUUUUGGAGUUUGGUUACAUGAUAUGGAAUAAUUUUCAAGUUAA